UUCCGCAUGAGAUUUUCCCCACAUCUUCACUAUUGACAAGAAGAGUACAGCAUAUUUUACGAGUGACGGAGAUUAUGGCGCAUCCACUUGCGUCACCGCCACCUACCACCGCCGCAGCAGCAACAAUCUCAACAGCGGCAACUGACAAGACUACGCGUUACCGGUCAGUUGGUUUCCGAAUUGUCAGGGCUUCCCAUCAAGCUUCCGAUGACCCCCAUGCCGCGAACAAUAAUCUCGUUAACCGCAGGACUGUGGGUUUGGGUUUGGCGGCUGCUGCUCUGAGCUUCAAUGUGAGUAACCCAAAUUCAAGUGCAAAUGCGGCAGCCAGGAGGCCUCCACCGCCUCCGGCGGAGGAGAAGGAGAAAAAGGACCCUAAUGUGAGUGGUGUUUUAGCAAAAGUGCUAGCAAGCAAAAAGAGGAAGGAGGCCAUGAAACAAUCGGUGGCCAAGCUAAGAGACAAAGGGAAGCCUAUCCAAGAGCCAUCUGAAUAGUUUCUUUCUUUCUGAAAUUAAGUAGCGCACUUUGGAAUUGUUUGUCAGUCUUCCUUCCUCUUGAGCUACCAAUUCUAUUUCCAAUAUUUGAUAGGGCGCACGUUCUGUUGGAGAUUCAAACCUAAAACCUCAAGUUUAAAAGUAAUGUCUCCUUAACAAUUUGAGCUA